UCAGGGUGGUUGGCGGUUGGUCGAAUCUGCAGUUGCGGAACCCGCAGUUCCGGAACUGCAGAAGCGGAACCCUGCAGAUGCAGAACCCUGCAGAUGAGGAACUCUGCAGAUGCGGAACUCGCUGAAUCCGAGGGCAGGAUGUAAAUUACACCGUGUUCCAGGAGGGCCUCGAAUAUUCCUGGCUUUUGGUAUGGGUGGAGUGGUGGUCUUGGAAUCAGUCCUCCGCAGAUACCCAGGGAAGGCUGAACUUGCAUCUUUACUUGACAAUUAAAAGGAAUAAUUAGGACAGAAAGCUUGCGGUAACUGAGAAGUGCGGCCUGGCCCAAGCCCUUAGCUCGCUGACCUGUGGAUUUCUGUGUCUUUUGAGCCCUGCCUGGAGUGGAUCAUAGAGGCAUAAGAGGAGCUUCCAGGUUCUCCUGGUUGCUAUCUGAGCAUACUUACGACUCACAAACUUACAAAAUGGCAACCCCACAUCUGUCCACUGUAUUUGACCCUUCCUGUGCCCAUGAAAGGACCACAGAGAUGGGAAACUUCUGCUCUUGGUUACAGAACUCAAUCACCUUUGAGGAUGUGGCCAUAAACUUCACCCAGAAGGAGUGGGCAUUGCUGAAUUCAUCUCAGAGAAGGCUGUACAAAGAUGUGAUGCUGGAGAACUAUAGAAACUUGGCUUCAGUGGGAUAUCAACUCAGCAAACCUCCUCUCAUCACCCAUCUGGAGCAGGAAGAUGAAAUGAAGAUAGUAGAGCGAAGAAUUCACCAAGAUACCUGUUCAUGUGAGCACCAGGCAUAUAUGAAUGUCUUGCCUACAAGAUCUGUUUGGGGUGAAGGAAAAGAUAAGAUGAUUCUCCUUAAAACCGAAGGACCACAGCAAGAACAAGGUAUUUUGGAGAAAUAUACACUCAAUGACAAGAAGGAACAAACUCUUGGAGGCAAUACCAUUCAAUGCAGAGAAAUCGUUGAAACCUUGAGUGUGAAAUCUAGCAUUAUUCAGAAUAAGAGAAUUUACCCAGGCAAGAAACUCCAUCGAUACCCUGACUCUGCAGAAGCCCUUGGUGAAUCUUCACAUCUCAAGUCACAUGAGAGAAUUCUUCCUCAGAAAAAAUCAUCCAACUGUGAAACACAUGAAAAUUCCUUCAUCAGGAGCUCUAACUUAGCCAGCCACAAGAAACAACAUACAGGAGAGGGAUCCUAUGAAUGCAGUGACUGUGGGAAAGUCUUAAAUUCAAUCUCACAUCUUAAGAAGCAUGAGAAAACUCACAUUAGAGAUACACCUUUUGCGUGUAGCCAGUGUGGUAAAGUAUUGCAGAGCCAUGGGUCCAUUAAGCUGCACAUGAGAACCCACACUGGAGAAAAACCAUUCAAGUGUGAUCAGUGUGGGAAGUCCUUCACCUCAAGCUCUUAUCUUACACGUCACAAGAGAAUUCAUACUGGAGAGAAGCCCUAUGCAUGCCAUGACUGUGGAAAAACCUUCCGAGAUAGCUCACUUCUCAGACAGCAUGCAAGGACUCAUUCAGGAGAAAAACCCUACAAAUGUAAUCAAUGCAACAAAACCUUCAGUAGAAAUGCUAGGCUUAUCAUGCACCAGAUAGCACAUACUGGAGAGAAACCCUAUAAGUGCAAUGAUUGUGGAAGAACCUUUAGUGUUCUCCUAUACUUUAAACAACAUAAGAAAAUCCACACUGGAGAGAUAGUCACUGAAUGUAGCCUCUGUGGUAAAGCCCUAAAGAGUGAGGCAUCUCUUAAGACACAUAUGAGGAUACAUACUGGAGAGAAACCUUACAAGUGUAAUCAAUGUGGGAAAGCUUUUAGGCUGAGCUCCAACCUUACCACACAUAAGAAAAUUCAUACUGGAGAGAAACCCUGUAAGUGCAAUGACUGUGGGAAAGCCUUCAGGGAUCGCUCAUGCCUUAAAGAACAUGCGAGAAUUCACACUGGAGAAAAACCCUUUACCUGUAAUCAGUGUGGAAGAGCCUUCAGAGUGAAAUCUUUCCUCAUGUUACAUAAGAAAAUUCACAUGAAAAUGAAGUAUGAAUGUAAGGAAUGUGGGAAAACCUUCCGUGGUCUCUUAUCUCAUGGGAGGCAUAUGAAAAUCCAUACCAGGGCCAAGAAGCCUUUUAAGUGCAGUGAAUGUGGAAAAGCUUUUAGUAGGCAUGUUUCCCUUACAGUACACAUGAGAACUCACACAGGGGAGAAACCCUAUGAGUGUAAUCAAUGUGGAAAAUCCUUCAGUGUAAAGUGUAAUCUCACUGUGCACAAAAGAAUACAUACUGGAGAAAAACCCUAUAAGUGCAAGAUCUGUGGGCACAGUUUCAGUAAACCCUUACCCUUUCAGCGUCACGAGAGAACUCACGCUCAAUAAGUCCCUUUUGAUGACAUCCAUGUAAAGUAGCUUUCAGGGAACUCUCAGUCUUUAAGGCAUACAACAAAAUGCUAAGUGGAAAGAACUGGUUUUGAAUAAUGUGAGAAGGCCUCUGAAUAAUGCGUAUAUGGGAGAAACCUAAGUUAUGCAAUGAUUGUGAGAAAUUUUGUAUUCGUUCAUUAUCCCUUAGAAGAUAUGUAGUCAUGCUGAAAGAAAGUGUUUUAAUAUCUUCAAAACUUGUUAGUUGGGGAAAAAAAAAGGCUUGUUACCUGAGAAAAAUAAAAACCUAAUGUUU